AUGAGUGUCGAAGAUAUAACUACGGAACAACUGGAAAAUGCUACUAAAUCAUUUGUUUCAAUAGAAUCAGCUACUCAAAUAAGUAGAAGAUACGUUAGAAAAAAAUUAGAAGAGAUUUUUAAUUUGGAAGAAAAUGCCUUAUAUGAGAGAAAAAAGGAAAUUAAUGAUAUCGUUGAAAAAGUACUAACAAAUCUUCUUGAAGAAGAAAAUAAGAAAAAAAAUGGAGGAUUGCAAAUGAAAAAUGAAGAGAUAAAUAAUAUAAAAACCAAUGAUGACGGAAGACAAAAAUUGGAUGAUAAAUCAAAUAAUAUAAAUAAUAAUGAGGAUGAAAUAAGAGAAGAAACUAAAAAUGAAGAUAAUAAUUAUGAUAAGUCAUUGUGUAAAAUUUCGGAUGAUAAUGAUAAAAAUUCAUCAAAAAAAAGAAAAAAAAGUGGUAAUGAUAUGGUUUCAGCUAGAAAAAAACAAGCUAAUGUAAUGACCAAAGAAUAUUUUUUAAACAAUGCAAAAGCAUUAUUUUGCAAUAUAUCGGAAAAUAUCAAAUUAAAAUUAGAACCAAGAAUUUUCAGUACUGGAAGUUGUGGAUGGCAUAUGAUGGAUAAGAUUUAUCUCUUAGUGGGAGAUCAUAGUGUUCUUUGUCAAUUUUGUAUUAAUUGUUCAGUUAUUGGGAGCAAACAAUGGAAUUGA